AUGGCACCGGAAGCAGUGAACUGGCCUGUCGUCUUCACGAUGCUUUUUGUCAUCAUGUGCGACGCACUCAACCAGCUCGUCGUCUUUCCCUUCCUGCCGUUCAUGAUCCGAGACCAGCUGGAGCUCGCUCCGGACGACCCCAAGCUUGGUAGUCUAGCUGGGUUUGCCGCCGCGGCCUACAAUGCCGGGCAGUUUCUCGGCGCACCGCUGUACGGCACCGCCGCCGACCGUCUCGGGCGCAAGCCGGUGCUGCUCGUGUGCCUGAUGCUUAGCGGGCUGUGCAUCCUGGGCUUUGCUAUGUCGAGCUCCUACGCAAUCUCGCUUGGGAUGCGGUCGGCGCAAGGGUUCUUCUCUGGUGCUGUCAUCGUCGGAAAGAUUGUUUUGUUCGACGUGACCACCCCUGCGACUGAGGCUCAGGUGUUUGGUAUGAUCGGCCUCUCCUUCGCCUUCGGCUACAUGCUCGGGCCGACCAUCGGAGGCGUGCUGGCGCAGCCGAGCGCACAGUACCCGGCCCUUUUCGGCGGGGUGGCACUGCUCGAGGCGCACCCGUAUCUGCUUCCGUGCGCAGCGACAUUUGCCUUUUCAAUGGUGGGGCUGGCAGGCUCGCUCCUUCUCCUGCCGGAGACCCACCCGAGGCUCGGCAAGGGCGCCGCGCCCUCUAACGCCCGCCCUCUCCUCGGGCUCGACCGGCGCACACCGAGCCGCGACUCGCAAGUGGCCGGCGUCGCGGCCGAGCUCGCGACGUGUCGUCCGUCGGUCGUCCUCGUCGAUCCGCUAGUGGGCGGCGACGUCGGCGUGCGCACUUCGGUGAAUGUCGUGCUCUCGGUGAUGAUCUUCUGCGCGACCACGGCCGGGCGCGCAACCGUCGCCCCGGACGCUCGCGCAUGCAGCGCAACCUUUUAUACUUGUGCGUUUCGCGUGUGCAGGUACGUCGAGACGCUGCCCGUGUGGCUCGCCACGCCCGUCUCGGGCGGCGGUCUCGGCCUCUCCGCCUCCUCCAUCGGCGUGCUCACCGCCGUUGGAGGCUUCUCGCUGUUGCUCACCUCCGUCUCCACCGGCUUCCUACUCGGCCGCUUUGGUGGAGCCUACGUGCUGCACCUCGGCUAUGCGCUCAACGCGCUGAACUCGGCCGGCCCGCCACUCAUCGCGUUGCUCCUCGGCUGGUGGGCCGCUGCGCCGCCGCUCCUCCCCGUCGCCGUCCUCGUCGUGUGCUGCUGCAUGAACAUGGCGAGCAAGUCCUUCGCCUUCACCGCCGUCACGAUGCUCUCCAAGGGCUGCGUACCGCCGGCCGUGCAAGGCCUCGCCCUCGGAGUGAACCAGUCCUGCUCUAGCACCGGACUCGCCCUCGGCCCGCUUGCCUGCGGCGUGGCCUACUCGGCAACCGUCGGCCUCGUCGGCCCUCAGUGGGGAGCAGCGGUCUUCUUCCUGGCGCUCACGCUCGUCGGGCUCGGGGCGAACAUGCUAGUAGUAGGCAUUAAUUCCAACACCUGA